AUGGCGGCUAAAGAAGAUCAGGAGUUGAUUUUAUUCAAAUUGGCGAGUGCAAAAUUAACCGAUGCCCAGAAUGUAAUGGCUGAAGAUAGCGACUUAGCGAACGCCAAACUAUCUGAAGCGCAGAGGCUUAUGGCCGAAGCAGGCGUUCAAAUGAAAGAGGAUCUUAAUAAUGCGCGAGUUAAAAAGGAAGCUGUCGAAGAGAUGACAAGAACGUUGAAUCACGUCCACUUCGCCAGCUCAAUUAAGCUGAAUGUUGGCGGAAAAAUAUACAAAACAACACUAGCUACUCUAAGAAAGGAUUCAAACUCUAUGUUAAAGAUCCCUAAGGAAUGUUCAACAACAUUUUAUAAACAUGAUAAGCUAGACUUUCAUCUAUAUAUAUUGAACUACCUCCGCGAUGGUGACCUUCUUUACCCUGAGGACCAAACUGCUAAGGAGCAGCUCCUGAAAGAAGCAAAGUUUUACCAAGUUCAAGGAAUAAUUAAUCAUCUCGAGGAAGCGUUGUCCUUUGGGAUACCCUCCUCGAUAAUUAAGGAUAAAAAUCACGAGUCAUAUCUUCUGUCGUGGCUGUCACCUGGGACUACUAUUUCUCUGAUGUAUCGUGCUUCUGUAGAUGGCGAAACUCCUGCAGAUUUUCACCGCUGUUGUGAUGAGAAAGGGCCCACUCUUGUGGUCAUCAAAAGUGGAGAGUAUAUCUGUGGUGGCUACACUUCAAAGUCCUGGACAUCAGCUUCUCCCAUCAAAGCCAUUGAAGAUAGCUAUUCGUUUCUAUUCACGCUGGAAAAUCCUUCUGGAAGUGAACCGGUGAAGAUUAAUCCAAAAGCAGAUGCUCAUGGUGGUAUACGUUGCGAUAGUAGAAAAGGUCCUUCCUUUGGAACCUCUCAGUUCUAUGACCUUGAAGUGUGGCGAACAUUUAAUGCUACUCGCCCUGAAGAAAUUUUAAGCUAUUUUGAUCUAGGUUAUGGCUUUAUUUGUCCUGAAAGUGUUGAUAACAUUCCUUACUUCACUGGAAAAAACCCGUUUAAAAUCGAAGAACUUGAAGUAUUCAAGGUUAAGUUUUAG